AUGUCCACCUUUUACUUUGCCUCUGACCCCUACUUCAACCCUCAACUUUCCCUGCCCUCAAAAGAUGCCACCAAGGCGGCCCAAAUUGAGACGGUCCUCGCCGAGGUCCGCUUCCCCGUGGAGCGCAGUGACGCCCUGAAGGCGGCCCUUGCCGAGGAGCUGGCCCUGGGGCUGCAGAAGGCGCCCAGCCGCCCGAGCGCCUUUCCCAUGUUCAACACCAUGGCCACCGGGGCGCACUUUCCCAGCGGCGCCGAGCAGGGCAACUUUCUCGCCAUUGACAUUGGCGGCACUAAUCUGCGCGUCAUGGUCCUGCGGCUGACCAAGGACGAGGCCACCGGAAAAACUGAGCAGAAAAUUGAGGUGGACUUCUACGAGGCGCCCGACGAGGUGCGCAAGAGCAACUCGGAAAGGUUUUUUGGCUUCCUCGCCGCCUCAAUUCUGAACUUUGUUGAUAAGCACCGGCUGCGAAAUGACGCCGACCCUGGUUACCGAAUUCCUCUCGGUUUUACCUUCUCUUUUGGCUACGACCAGCUGGCGAUUGAUAAGGGCAGCGUCGUACAGUUCGGCAUCGAGACGAACAUUCCCGACGCCAUUGGCCGUGAUCCGGUAGAGUUGCUGCAAAAAUCGCUAAAUUCUAUCAAGGCGCCCGUCCAGGUAGUGGCCCUGGCGAAUGACGUCACCUCGACGCUGAUCUACGCCAAGUACCUCAAACCAGAGGCGACUGUGAGUUUAAUUUUGGGUUCGGGAACCAAUGUCGGCUACAUUGAGCAGGUGGCCAACUUUGGGCGGAUUGCCGGCAAAAGCUCGCAAGAGGUCUUUGGAACUUCGGACACCGUACAGGAGCUGAUUAUCAACACUGAACUGGGCUUCUUCGGCGACCGAGGCGAGAUGGACGGAAAGUGGAUCAGCCGCUUUGAGAAACAGAUUGACGCCAGCUCUUUCCUGCCCAGCGUGUACGUCUUUGAAAAGUGCGCCGGAGCGGCCUUUAUGGGCGAGCAUCUGCGGUACAUUUUGAUUGGCCUGGCGGAGGAGAGGCUCCUGCUGGGAGGACGAGUUUCCGGGGAGCUGACCACCAAAAACACCAUGUCCGCCAAGGACUGCUCGGAGAUUGAGGGCGCCUACUUGGAAAAGGAGAAGGACGGUGGAGCUAGCUUUAAGAAGGUGGUAACUAGUUUCCUCAAACGAUUGGGCUACUCGGAGGCGGAAGUGACUGCUGAUGACAUCNUGUACGUCUUUGAAAAGUGCGCCGGAGCGGCCUUUAUGGGCGAGCAUCUGCGGUACAUUUUGAUUGGCCUGGCGGAGGAGAGGCUCCUGCUGGGAGGACGAGUUUCCGGGGAGCUGACCACCAAAAACACCAUGUCCGCCAAGGACUGCUCGGAGAUUGAGGGCGCCUACUUGGAAAAGGAGAAGGACGGUGGAGCUAGCUAUAAGAAGGUG